GUUAAGAUAAUGAGAGCUAAAGAUGGCCAUGGCUCUGCAGUUCUGCCGCAGUUAAAAACUGAGAUAUGCAUCGUUGGAUGGGAGAGCCUCAGUUCUGACUAAACACAGGACCACACGGCGGACUCCAACUCAGCUCCUCUUUAAACAGGGCCUCGCUGCAGAGCUCAAACUGGCCAGGCUGGUGCCUUGGUUAAUUUUGAUCGAUGUGGAUUUGUUCGUUAUUCUCUCCACUUGUCUCCCUCUCUCUCUCCCCCGCCCUCUCUCUCUGGCUCUCCCCAGUGCCUCUUGCCUACAAUAGCAUAGUGGUGAGAUCUGCACAUUGCAGAAUAUCAUUAUUUGGGGAGAGAGAGCCAAAGAGAAAACGGGAUCAAAGUUCGCGGGAGGGGGGGGGGUCUUGGCCAUGUUCUGCAGACGGAAGAAUGAAGCACCCAGGAACUUUUUUCAGGUCUGGAAGAGUCAUACCCCUGUGAUUGUGUGCGUUCAUGUGGGGUUCAGGGAGGGUUGGUUGCAAGACAAGACCAAUCAUUUGUCUUGAUUCUCUGGGCUGAGAGCAGGUAAACUGAGAGGGACGGGACAAGCUAAACCCUCUAUCAAACCUGAUCUAUUUCCCCAAACAGUUCACCGUAUUCAUGGGGUUACGCAAAUGUGGAGGCAGCAAAACUACCGUAAUCAAUUGGAGCAGCGAUUGCACACCUAUGCCUCUGAUUAUUUGGAGAUCAUCUACCAGCCUGGUGUCUAUGUAACAAGGAAAGGGGGGCACUGAAUUACUGUUGAGUUUCAUUGAGAAGUCCAUGAUCAUUGGGCAGUGGAGUUUGGUCAGUGAUAAUAGGGCUCCUUGGUUGAGUGACGGAACUAUUUGAGCAAACAUUAGAUAGCUGACUCUGCACUGCUGAAAGGUGCUGUUUUGAUACUAAAACCCACACUGUCCAGACCAUCUGGUGUGCCGUGUUCUGCGUAAUCUCCUUUUUGUCAUCUGACAAAGGAAAAAAGAGGCGGACAAGCUCCGAGAGGAUAAACUGAGCAUGGAGGUCAGGUACAACCAAGAGACGGAUGCGAUGGGGCUAAAGAAUGGACUAAAGAAGGGGAAAGACGACAAGGAGUCCCAAGGCAACUUGUCCAAAAGCUUCCUCAAGGAGCAGCAGGACUCCUUCUCCUCCUCUGGGACCAUAGAUAACUGCGAGAAAAACAGGGGGAGCUCAGGGGAUCCGGACUACUGCCGGAGAAUUCUCGUCCGAGGUAGGGCUUCAGGUCUUUCUUCUUUUAGAGUUUGGAGCCUGCAGUGUCAUAUUUCAGAGGUUUUCACAUGUAAUCUGGCGCAACAGAGUCUCAACGGCUGUUAGAUUAAACACAUUUUACAGCAAGAACAAAGUUCAGAAAUAAGCCUGCUAAAUAUCUGACACACUGCCGCUGCUACGCAGAGGGGAAACUGAUCAGACAUCUGUGAUAUAUAUAUAUAUUUAUAUAUAUAUAUAUAUAUAUAAAUAUAUAUAUUUUUGAAAGGCUUUACACUCUAAAUUCACACAAAAAAUAUCACCAUAAAUUCAAAAAAAGAUACAAGAAUUAUAAAGGUUAAUUACAAAGGAAAAAAAUAUCACCCUAAAUUUAAAUAGACGUAUUAAUAAUAAAGGUUAAGUUCGCAUGACAAAAAAUUAACCCUAAAUUUAAAAAAGAUAUGUUAAUUAUGAAGCUACGCUUAUUUAGCUUUACAGAGGUUAUUUAGAAUUAAGAGUGAAUCCUCACAUUUGUCGUUUGAAAUACAAUAACAGAAACACUAUUUUUUGAAAACUAGAAUAUUUACCAUGGUUCACUUUAAAGCUAUAAAAUCAGAGCAGUUGUCAAAAAGAUGCCUCUUGAAUUUGAGACUAUCCAGCCCUGUCCUGAGCUGUUAUUUUAUUUAUUAUUUUUUUAUGGUUUUGGUCAUUUCUUCACUAAGGCUGACAAAUUUCCCUGAUUUCAAACUAUAUAUAUAUAUAUAUAUAUAUUUCCCUGAUUACAAACUAUAUAUAUAUAUAUAUAUAUAUAUAUAUAUAUAUAUAUAUAUAUAUAUAUAUAUUUAGUUUGAAAUCAGGGAAAUUUUCUCUUUAAACCUAAAUGUAGGCUGUUAAAUGUAAAACAUUUCUUAGGUUUAUCGGGACGCUGCACUGUGUGUGAGGGUGACAGGGUUUUUACUCUGUAUUUAUUCCCUGACACUCUGAAGAAGAUGACUUUUAUUUAACAUUCAAGCACAUGGGAAAGAAGGUGAAUUAAUUUAAUAUUUCAUGUCAAAAAAUCCUCUCACAGAUUGUGUGUACAGAAGUGAGCAGCAGUUAAAAGAAUUCAUGUAUUUUUGUCUUUCAUCAGUGUAGGCCCAACAAAAAGAGUGUGUGAAAACAAAUGAGGAAUACAUGUCCACCAGAAACAGAGGAUUAGUUCUGCAAGACACAAUGAGGCACAGCACAGCACCCUCGCUCGUCUUUAAAAUACAAACACACCUCUACAUACAUGCUUUCAUAUUUAUCUUUCAUUUUUGUCUUUUCAUAAUUCAAUAAUAGUUAUUGAUUUCAUGCAGCGCUGCAGCCACUCUUUGUUUGCUGAGAUCUAUUCAAUACAGGAUUUUAGAAAUGCUAAUCAAAUAUUUUUUUAAAUGUAUAAUUUAACAAUAGUCAUUGAGGUGUCUUGUAAACUUUAAACAUAUAGUGAAAUUUAUUUAAGAUAAACUGAUGUUCUUUUUAACACUUUCUCCAUUGUUGUUUAUUUUUCCAUCUAGAGUGACGUGUUUCUUCUGAGUUAUUCUGAAUGCAGAGUGCUAUAAGCCCAUAUAGACUUUAUAAAUACUCUGAACAAAGACAAACUGUUAUGCAUGAAUAUUGAGAGAGUUUUAGUGUGGUCUGAAUUUGAUCCUUUUUUAAAUGAUAUCAUAGUGGAUCUUCUUCUGAUAGAACAUGGUUCAAUAAUAAUAUUUGUGAUCAUGUGUGUAAGAACAGUCUGUAUUUAGAAAUAAACUGCAGUGGUUUGUUGUUCCAGCUCCUUCAGCCUUUUUUACUGCUUUGUCAUUAACAUAAAUUGCUGUUUACUGCAGAUGCUAAAGGCUCAAUACGAGAGAUUAUCCUGCCCAAGGGUUUGGAUCUGGACCGGCCUAAGCGAACCCGCACCUCCUUCACAGCAGAGCAGCUCUACCGGCUAGAGAUGGAGUUUCAGAGGUGUCAGUAUGUGGUGGGAAGGGAACGGACUGAACUGGCCCGUCAGCUCAACCUGUCUGAAACGCAGGUGUGUGUGUGUGUGUGUGUGUGUGUGUGUGUGUGUGUGUGUGUGUGUGUGUGACACACAUUUCCACUUGUGAAUUCAUUGAAUGAAAAAUACAGAUUAUUUGGUGCAUAAACCACUGUGCUCUAAUUUGAACUGAAAUAUCAAGUAAAAGGCGAUGGUCUUUGUUUUGUAAAUUCCUAUUUAUGCAGAAUUUAAACAAGUGUUCUCAGUUGAGCUGAUUUCACAUAAAGCUAAUUAUGAGUUCAUUCUGAUGGAGUUUCUGAAAUGUAAGGCCUGUUUGACAUUCAUCCUGGCAGACUUGAAGCUGAUGUCCAGUAAUUAUAUUUACAGAAAUGCAUGUUCAUUUAUAAGAGCAGUAGCUGCAGUUUAGUUUGACAUUAGCACACCUGCAUGUUGGGUUCAUUUCAGCUCAAAGGUGUGCUUCAGCUCUGCCUACAGUUCAUAUUUGGAUGUGUGUAAAUCGGAGGCGAGUUUUUGAACUCAGUCUGACAUGGCGUUGAUAAAGCAUAUGGGGUGUUGAACCUUAUCACCUCAGGCAACUGAACUGAGCUUUAAAAAAGUGCAGACCUCCUCUUCAUGUCAUAUGUGUGGGGUCAGCAAUGGGUCAGCUGAGUCCACUGUGUGUGUGAACUGUGUUUGACUCCAGAUUCCGAUCCCGCUUACCCACUCACCCUGUGGCAUUUGAACCUGAGGAAACGUUUCCCGCUUGUCUUCUUUUUCUGCACUCUGCUUUCAUUCAUUUGGUAAUCUGUUUAUUUAAUUUGGAAAAUGUGCAGAGCAGCUAACAGUGCCAGCGGUGGUCUUUGGCGUCAAAUUGUUGUGGCUGUCAGCGCCCUUCUCACACUCAAGGUUAAUCUUUUGUCACAAGUUGACACCACAAUCUACAAUGCUCAUCUGUUUGUUGAUGCACAACUAGGUCACACAUGUACAUUUCACCUAUUCUCUUAACCUUUUCACUACCUGAAUGUUUUCAAACCGGAAAAUGACCACAUCACUGAUGCCUUUGUCAUACAAAUUCACAGAAAGUGAGAUUGGGGUCUGAGGAUGUCCUGUAGCUCAUUUGUAAAGCCUUGUCAAAACCAAACAAAGACUUUAUGUUUUCUUCGACUGUGUAUCAUCCUGAUGAAGUUCUUUCUACAACACCGUAGUGGUGAAAUUGAGCUUUUGUUUGAUAGCAGCAGCGUUUCUUCUGUAGAUGCCAUUUUCUGCAUGAACACCUCAGCACCUGUUUGCUUUGACUUGUUGUUUUCUCUGUUCUGACAAUGUAAACUGAUCUGGACAUUCAGUCAUCUUUAUAUGUGUUUGCAAUGAGCAUCAGGGCUUUUUCUCCAGGUAUAAAAUCAGAGUAAAUGAUGGUGAAGAGUCAAACCCUCCUCUGAAGUGAAGGGGAAAAUUAUUCAAUGUGAUUGGACCAGCAGUAGAUUGAGCAGCAAGCUUGCUGCUGAUAGGUGCGUGCACAUUUUCAUCUGUAUAAAAGCAAUCAGGUGUUUUUAAAAAGAGCUUUAUAUGCAUCAUAAGAGAUAUAUUGAAAUUUUGAUGUGAAACAGAAAGUAUUGGCACGUCAGUAUAAAUAAAUGAGUCUAAUAAAUUAUUUUAGGGAGGAUGUUCAAUAAAUCUGUGGUGUGGCUAGCGUCUGGAGAUAUGCAAACUUUGUCACCUUUAUUAUAAAAUACUGGGUUCGACAGCUAGGUUUCAUGCUCUUACUAAGCCCCCGUACUGAGUGAAGAAUUUGCAGCAUUUCUGAAACAGCUUGUUUAGUUGCUCUUGUGACAGUCUUUCAGAAAUAAGAACAUGUUCAGAAGCAGAGAGAAUUUUUCAUAAACUGUUCUCUUUUACAUGAAUUUGGCAGCUGUCUUUGAUAGUGGCUGAGGUAAACUUUUUGUAUCAUAUUUUAUGUCAGAAAUUGAAGGAAAAAAAUUGCAAAAAAAGCCAAGAAUUUCAGGGCCAGUAAACUUCAGGAUACAAAUGAAAAGAGAACCCUGCUCGAUGAAAUCUCAGCUGAUGGUGUUCGAAUUCAAUCUGAAGACAGAGAAAAUACAGUUUGCAAAACCUGAAGCACUAACAACAGAUAAAAUACAGUUUUAACCUUUCUAAAAUCUGUAAUGUGUCUAUGAGGAUCAUGAAGGAAUCACUUUAUUAUUCACAUUUCUCUAUUUUAAUAACUUGGAGUCAUUGUAUUUCUGUUCAAUAAUUCAUGAGAUGUUGCUGAACUAUCAUAUUUGCCCAGAGCUUUGGAGCAAUCUGUGUCAUGUCCUAAAGUCUCCAACAUAAAAGUGUGCUGCUUAAUCUCUCUAUUAUCAAGAACACUGAGAAAUCAUUUUUCUUAAAGCAAAGGUUCGGAACUGCAGCAAUAAAAUCCCUUCAAGGUUAUAGACACACAGUAAACAACACACUGUUGUUGUUGACUGUUUUGUGUAUUUCCAGAGUCCUUUGUAGGCCUACAAAGACAAAGUGACACAUGACAGAGCGGAGUGUUUAGAUCUUGGUUCGUGCUUGAACCUUUUGUACAGUAAGAGGCUGAGAAAGUGAUGCAGCCGUUUUCAUAUGAAAGAGCAAGUUCUGAUUGAGUUAACCUCCUGCCUGUUUGCUUAGCACAGUGAGACAACCCCUCACAUGACUGAAUGAAAUCACUGCAGCUUUUGAUCGAUCACAGUCCACACUCAUUACCUGGAGGCUUACCUUUUAAUGUGAGUGUGUGUGUGUGUGUGUGUGUGUGUGUGUGUGUGUGUGUGUGUGUGUGUGUGUGUGUGUGUGUGUGUGUGUGUGUAAGAAAGAGAGAGAGAGAGAGAGAGAGAGAGAAAGAGAGAGAGAGAGAGAGAGAGAGAAAGAGAAAGAGAGAGCAUGCCUGCACAUAAGCUACCAUACAUCCUACCAAAGGGGGAGGAGCAACUGGUUUGGGAAUGACACACACUUUGCUACUUUUGAUUUGUGAGCGAAAAUGUCAGCCAAAAGCAAUCAACAUAAUCUAUAAAAGCACACAGUCGUAUGGCUCAUGAUGCAGUGUUGCCCCUGUGUUAAGACCAUCGAUUAUUUCUGUUCUGUGAUCUCAGGCUUUUUUGCACUGAGUGGCAGUAUCGUGAAUAACCACGGGUCCGUUUUCUUUUCAAUGUCACACUAACAGAAAAAGUUUUUUGUAAAGCCAAACUCACGGGAGAUGUUGCACUCUACUUCUUUGGUUGAUAUUCACAGAUGCUAGUCAAAGAAAAAUAAUUGCACUAUAAAAGCAGCUGCCAAAGUGUUUUUCCUUCCUUUAUAUUUUUUAUAUAAUCAUACAUAAAUUUCAUGAUUCCACGUUAUGUGAUAUCUGUCCCUAAAGGCCGAUCCUCUCCUCUCUCCAGGUGAAGGUGUGGUUCCAGAACCGGCGCACUAAGCAGAAAAAGGACCAGGGGAAGGACUCUGAGCUGCGUUCUGUUGUUUCAGAAACAGCAGCGACCUGCAGUGUCCUCAGACUGUUGGAGCAGGGUCGCCUGCUGACUCCUCCAGGCCUGCCGGGCCUACUGCCACACUGUGGCAGUGGCACGCUGGGCUCAGCCCUGCGCCCUCCCUCCAUGGCCAUGGCCAGCAAUGGCAGCAGUAGCAGCAGCAGCAAUGGGGGCAGCACCGGCACGGCAGGCGGCAGCCCUCCUCUGCCUGCUGUCACCAGCUCAGGGACGGUGUCAGGCCUGCAGACCUCACCGGCGGCCCACGGUCUCUUUACUUUCCCUAUGCCCUCCUUACUCAGCGGUGUUGCCACACGCAUUUCCUCCAACCCACUGACCAUGGCCAGUUCCCUUGCAGGAAACCUGCAGGAACUCUCUGCCCGCUACCUGAGCUCCUCUGCUUUUGAGCCUUACUCCCGGACCAAUGGCAAAGAAUCCAUGGACAAGAAAAUUCUCGAAUGAUGGCAUUUUUUCAUCAGUGGAAAAACUGUUUCUUGAAGAAAUAUUUUGUUUGAUUUCUGGUCUUUCUCUGUCUUUGUUUUGUUUCGCCUGUUCUCUGUCAUCAUGUCUGUGUCAUGUUUUGUAGCAGUUCAUGUAUUCUGGUUGCACAUCUGGCGCCUUGUACAAGAAAGAAAACAAAGACCUACAAAAGCUCAUCUAACAAAGACAGGGGUGUGUGCAUGUUUGUGUGUGUGGCUAUGUGGUGUUGAGGGGGGUGGAGAGAUUUUGCACAAAAUGUUCAUGUAGGAUUUUGUUGCUCUGAGGAGACUAUCGUUCAGGUUUCUGUUCAAUGUUUCGUCUUAUUGGUGACUCCACUAUCAACCCACAAGAGGGUGAAGCUUCCUUAGACCAAGAAAAGCUCAGUUCGUGUAAUUUACUGGUGCAUUUUAAUUAUGACAGGAAGAUUUAGAGAGAGGGCAGAAAGCACGAGUUGAUGGUAUCUGUUUGAAUUGUGUUCACUAGUUUGUUUGUAAUAUGACUGUCACUGCAGUUAGUAGAUUUAGAGAAAGUUAUCAGCUCUCAGUGAGAUCCAAUCAGCAAACCCCUCCAAAUUAAGAAAUCAAGUUUCAUGCAGCAUUAUGAACUGAAUUUCUAAAGGGAGAAUGAGAACAAGGGGAGAAAAGGUGCCUGUGUUUGAAGGUCACUGUGAAGCCAGUGUUGGCACAGGAACUAACAGUUCUGAGGUCUUCUCUCAGUUGGUCUCACACAUUGACCAAAACAUAAUCCAGGAGUAGGAGGUGCUGUCACUCAGUUUGACAGUUUAUUGUUCAGUGUUGCUUUCUGUUUAAGUGGGAAUAUUUAAGGUUUACUAACAGUUGUUCACUUUUUGGCUUUCUUUGGUCCAGAAUACAGAACCCAAUGGAUUUUUUGUCUGUGAUUUGAAUAUCACUGUGAGUCCUUUGAGUUUGAGUGUACAGUCUGUAUUACAGCCAAGCACAGAACUGAAUUUGUAGAGUGGGGGGAGUUUGUAAGAAAAGCUUUUCCACUUUACUAAACCGUCUUCUUUGCUGGACACUACAAGGUAACAGAUUUUGAGUUAUCAAGGUGAUAUAAUAAUUUUUCCUCCGGUGUGACAUUUUCAGACAUCCACGACCUUCAUAAAAAAUUUUUAGGGAGACUGAUGCAUGUGGAGGCUGAAUGGAAUUGCUGUAGUAUAAAAGUACUGAAAUUGAAAAUGUACCUUAAAUUGUUAUUUUAUUGUAAAUUAUUCACUAAUGUAAUCAAUAGAUUAUUAGUCUAUCUGAAUAAUAAUGAAUGAAUGUAUUAGCAGGUUGGGGAGUUAAUCAAAAGCUCUUUGGUGCUGUUGUUGUGAAAUAUCUUGAAAUUUGUGAAACGUGUGGUACAAAUGUGGAUAUAUAUUAUGUAUAUGGCUCCAGACAAAGACAAGUGUGUUUUUCAUUUUCUUUCAUACAUGUUGCUAUGAAACAAGUUGUGAUAAAUUUCAUGACUGUUAUACCUCAAACAGCUC